AUGGCAGAUCUAUUUUUGUCUCCAGUUUUAGUUGUGAUCGUUGAUAAUAGAGCCUUAAGAAUUUGGUUGUCAAAGCUCAAGGAGGUUGAUUAUGAAGCUGAAACUCUGCUUCUCCUCUUUUCUGUUGAUUCUCUUCCAAACGUAAAAUAUGCUGACAAGGUCAAAGAGAUACUUCAUGCUUUGGAGAUGGCAGCUGAUGAGGGGCUUCGCUUCAAUUUGAAUAAGGGUAAUAUAGUUCACAGAGAAUCGGAUGGAAGGCUGGAAACAAGCUCUUUUUUUCUCGAUCGUGAAGUUUUCGGAAGAGAGAGAGAAAAAGUGGAGAUAGUCAAGCUGUUGUUGUCUUCUGAAACAACAACCAUAGGAGGAGAAGCACAAUGUAUCCCGAUAGUCGGGAUGGGAGGGCUGGGAAAGACAACUCUUGCGCAAUUAGCAUACAACGAUCAUGAGGUAAGGCGCCAUUUUGAUUUCCAAGUGUGGGUUUUUGUUUCUGAUCAGUUUGAUGUCAAAAACAUAAUGAGAACAGUGAUUCACUCUCUCUCCAAAGAUAAUUCUCAUUAUCCGACUUUAGAUACACUCUACUUGGAAGUGCGCGGCGUGUUGCAAAAUAAGAGAUACUUAAUUGUGUUGGAUGAUGUCUGGACAGAAAACCCGGAUGAUUGGGACAAACUGAGACCACUCUUUACUGCUGGAAUUGAUGGAAGCAAAAUGUUGAUCACCGCCCGCAGUAAAAAAGUUGCUCUUCUGGCCAAUUCUCCAAAUUCUAUGUAUUGUUUGAAAGAAUUGUCUAAAGAUGCUUGUUGGUCUUUGUUUGUGCAACGCGCUUUUCCGCAAGGAGAUAAAGAGAACCACCCAGAUCUCUUGCCCAUUGGAGAGCAAAUCGUAAGCAAAUGUGGAGGAGUUGCACUGGCUAUAAAAGCUUUGGGAAGUCUUCUGAAGCCAAAAAGAAGCGUAAGAGAAUGGGAGAUUAUACGAGAUAGUGAGCUCUGGAACUUGGAUGAAAGUGAAAACUGA